UGUUAAGUCACUACUGUCUAAUGUGACACGACACAUCGUGUAAUGUAACGUAAUAUAUUCGCCUCUCGUUUAUGUCAGUCGCAGAAAUCAUAUUUUUAUCGCGAGUCGUUUUGACAUAUAGAAAAAUAGUAAGUGUUACACAGUUUAUUAUUCUCUUCUACAUAUAAAAUUAAUUAAUGCAGCACUUCUACCCGAGAGGAAAUUGUAACGAGGAACUGACAAAUUUCCUGGCAGUUUUUCCCGAUGUUUGGACAGGCACUAACAGGGAAAGCAGACGUGGUUCCAACCAUAAAAGUUACGACUGGCCUCUCAGAGAACUGGGCAGUUUUACUAGUCGGCAUCUGGUCAGUUCUGGAUCGAAUCUGGGAAAUUUUUAUCAAUUUUCGGAUAGUUCUGGACAGAAUCUAGCCAGAUUUGAUCAGUUCUGGAUAAAAACUGGCAGGGCAUUAGGCAGUUUCACACAUCAGGAAAUAUUCCAGCAAAGGAAGCACGAGAAUGAAUUGGGCACAACAAAGUACGCGACAGGACGGAGCAGAGCAAAAACAAUCAACAAUAAUGCAAUGAAAGAGGAGCGAUCAAGCGCACGACCCUCGUCACUGACAAUCUCACUUGUUCGCCGAUCCGACCGAAUCGAGAGUGAUGCACUUCACGCAGAACACACCGGAUAAUCACCUCGCAGAUUUACCAUGCUGCCACCCACGACGGAUUUCGCCUCAAAAUCGAACGCGUCUUUCGACCAAAAAAGAGGCGUUUUCGCGAUCGUUUUUAUCUCGCAGGAAAUAAGCGAACAAACUUGUAACGACACGACACGGCACAGCACAAUGCGACGAUUCGAAACCGAAGAAAAACCUCAACUAACGCGUAUGCCGACUCGGCGUAGACUGAAGCAACUCAACUAACUGAAGUGAGCGUCAGUCGCGAGAAUUCGUAGGGUGGGAAGCAUGCUGCGCGGGUGAGAGAGAGUAAAAGCGCAUGAGCGCAUGAUCGACGAGGACCGAGGGUGCGCGAGGCGAACGAAAAGGGGGAUGAGAGAGAGAAGAUAGAGGACAAGUCGACGCGUGCGACGAAGACAGAUGUGCAAGAUUCGAGAGUGAGAAAGAGCAAUGGAGCGUAAACGGUAGCCAUCCAAGCGCGCGGUGCGAAGAAGAAAGAUGGAGUGGGAAAGGACGAUUCUGAAAUCAGAAUAGGCGUAGAUUCGAGCGAGAAAAAAGAAGAAAAAGGAGAAAGAGGAGACAGAGGAGAAGGAACGCUCGGAGUUAUCUUCCAUUCGUGGAAGCAAAACGAAUACGAAAGAAUGUUAACCGAGACAACGAAGGAAAGGGUGAAAAGGAGAAAGCAUUUAAAUGCAAUGUGUCCUACAGUUACUGCCAUGACAGUUACACGUGUAAUAAAUUUUCAUAGACGUACAGCAUUCGUUAGAUGAUAAUCAAGAAAAAAACCGAUUUUUUAAUAUUCUCGAAACAUGCAUAUAUUUUAAAUUCAUUAUAACUAUAUAUAGGAUAGAAUCGGGUAUUAUGAGCACUGCAGGUAAUAUGAGCACCCUUUAUAUUUCUGUAACGGUUGGUACUAGCAGUACCAACUGUUGUAGAAAGAUGCAUCUGUCUUCGCGACAUUCCAAUAUGUUGCAAAGUUUGAUCUAA